AUGCAGUAUCAGGGCUUUAAUCGCUUCGCUCGACUCGACUUUUUGGCCCGCUGCUGCCCGCCGCUGCAAAUUCCCGCCCUGACUUUGGCGCAAGAGCUGAGCGCAACAUUGUCCUCGCCCGAGCUCUACGAGUCUGCCUGUGCUCGCCUAAAAGUUGCUUGCGAAGCGCAAGGCGUGCCCCUUCCUGCCAACAUGCCCACCGAGGCUGAGAUGGCAACCCGGCGAGAACAGGCCCUCAUGGCGGAGGCACAAUCGGAUCAGCCGCUCGCGCCACACGAGCAGUUGGGCGAUCGCGCUACCUUGUUGCGCAAGUCUCACAUUGAAUACGAGCGCGGCGACCUCACAGCGGCCGCGCGAUACCUGGCGCGCGUGCCACACUACUGUAAAACGCCCGAAGACAUGCUGCAGUACAGUCUAGAGAGUGCGCGCUUGGCAGCAGAACAGGGCAUGUGGGCCCACGUCAUUACCCUUGUAAACAAGGAACGCUUGUCCAAAAUCUUACCCGAUCACCCCAAGGCCGAAGCACAAUUCAAUUGUCUUGAAGGAUUGGCUACCUUCAUGAUUGGCAAGCUUGACAAAAGCGUGCAGCUGCUUGCAAGUGCAGCCUACACUGAGAAUGGGACCGCUUGUGAGCUGAUGACUUCGCGUGACCUAAGCCUGAUGUGUGGACUCUCUGCCCUGGCUUCGCUGGAUCGUCCCGAGCUCGUGCUGCUCUUGCAGAACACCGAACUUAAGCAACACAUGGAAAGCUGCCCAGAGAUACGUGAGCUCUUGCGCGCUAUGGUGAAGGCACAGUAUCGUUCCCUGCUGGAUAUUUUGCAGAAAGUCAAGCCUCUAGCCAUGGCUGACAUGUACAUCAACAAGAGUUGGGCCCGACUCUAUGAGAACAUUAUCGCACGCGCCAUGAUCCAGCAUGUCACGCCCUAUGUUGCACUUGACUUGCAUGCCAUGGCUGCCACUUUCAAUAUGGAGCUUGAGGCGUUGGAGGAGCAAUUGGUGACUCUUAUCAGUGAGGGGCGAAUUGCGGCACGAAUCGACAACCAACACAAGGUGUUGCACGCGACGCAAGGCAACGUGCGGGCCGCGGUCAUCGAAGACUCAGUGCAAACAGCCCGGGAUCUGGUUGACAACACGAUGCAAGAGGCUCAUGAGCAGGAGUUUGUGCGCCUGCACGUCGAUUUGGCAGGUACAAUGGACGACCUCUUGAUUGGCCUUGAGGCAGAGGCAGAAGCAGUAGACGUUACUGCAUCUACGCCCGGAGACAAGCCGCUGGAACCUGCUGCGGCCUCGGCCGGCGCUUCUUCCCCGCCGGCCGAUCAACAGACGCCAGUCAUUGAUGUGGAGCUCUUGCCGUACGCAGGCCGCGCCAUAUUUCCCCUCUUUCGCCUGUCCAACCUUCUAGAUUGCGCGGGCAGCCACGACUGGGCUUUUUUGCUCACAUAUCUCACACCCACUGCAUGUAGUAGCUCCGGUGAAAACACCAAUAUGGAAGCUCUUGAGCAAGCCCUCGGUGCCAUGCAGAACCCAAAACUUCUGCAGGAGCUCUUUGAUCAUUUGUCAAGCAACAGCGAGAUUGAUCAUCCGCUGUGCGAGGAGUGCACCAAUUCGCUUCUCAACAACCUGGAUCGGGAGCUUCGAGACCUAGGCGAGCGUCGUCGCGAGAUGAAUGACUUUUUGGCAGCUUCGCAGUCACACUCUGACCAUGCCCCACCAGAGGAAGAGCUUCUCGACCAGCUUCGUCUCGUGGACGAAGAGAUCGAGACCCUCAGCAAGCAGCUCACUGAUCUUGACGCCGCUGAAGCCGAUCUGCGCAGCGCUAUUGGAGACAAAGAAGCCACAAUUCAAGAACUCAAAAACGAGGAACAAAGGCAUUUGCAAAGCUUGCAUGAAGCGCAGUUGGAUUUGCAGGACGUUGACGAUGAACGCGCCGAGCUUGAGAUUCAGCAGCAAGAACUGAGCGACCAGCUCGAGUUUUUGAGGCGCACCAAUGUUCUCAACGAUGCAUUUCACAUUUGGUUUGACAACCACUUUGGCAUUAUCAAUGGAUUUCGUCUUGGCCGGCUGCCUGUCGUUCGAGUGGACGCAGAUGAAAUCAACGCGGCGUGGGGUCAAGCCCUACUACUGCUGCAUGUCAUGAGCUUGCGUUUAAACGUGCACUUUUCAAAAUACCAGCUCGUGCCGAACGGCAGCUUCUCACGGAUUGAGGAGGUGGCUACCAAAGCCAAACUGCCGCUGUAUAUGAGUGGCAGUCGCUCCAUGUUUGGUUAUUCCUCUGCCGACUUUGAUCGAGCUAUGGUGGCUUUCUUGCACUGCUUGGACGAAUACCGUAGCCAGAUUCAGGCCAACGACCCUCACUUUGACCUACCCUACACAAUCCAAGAUGAUGGUCUCUUGGAUCGGCGUCAGGAGAAACUGUCAGUCCGUCUCAAGUCAGCCGAAGAAACCUGGACGCGAGCUCUUAAACUCAUGCUCACGGAUCUCAAGUGGUGCUUGGCCUGGCUCUGCAAGCAAAUGGUCUGA